GAAGAAGGAUCCUGAAAACAAUGAUAACCUCGUCAUGGCUAAUUGAAAAAAUCAUUUAAUAAUGCUUUCAAUUCGGUGGGUAAAACGUAUGACUAACUUGGGAAUUUUUCUCACAUUUUAUAAAUGAUACAAACCUUACUUCGUCUUUCUAUUUCUUGUUCUUCUUCUUUCAUACAUCAUAGCCAUGUCACUUACACUCCAAUUUCCAAAGACAGAAUAUGUCCUUCUGACGAUGCCAGAACCAAACAUUUUAUUGGUCACGAUCAAUAGACCCAAACAAUAUAAUGCCCUGAGUUCAAGCGCCAAUUGGGAGUUACAUCACGUAUUUAACUGGGCUGAACAACAGGAUCAGGUUUGGUGCAUUGUUUUGACAGGUACUGGUGAUAAAUCGUUUUGUGCUGGUAUGGAUCUUGUUAGUGUAGCCGACGAUAAAAAAGAGAAUGAUGCUACUGUCAGUCUAGCGACCAUGCCACCUACGGGUUUUGCCGGUAUGGCCAACCGUCGAACAUCCCGUAAACCAGUGAUUGCAGCAGUAAAUGGGUAUGCUUUGGGAGGUGGGAUGGAAAUCCUGGUUGCAUGUAAUAUUGUGGUAGCCACUGAGAAAUCAAAAUUUGGAUUUCCCGAGGUCAAACGAGGCGUGGUGAUUGCUGCCGGUGGACUAGCACGUCUUGCUCGGUCUGUCAGUUAUCAAAUUGCCUCUGAAUUAGUCUUGACCGGCCGUAUAUUUACCACACAAGAAGCCAAAGUAUACGGUCUUGUGAAUGAAGUGAUCCCUAAUGAUGCGAAUGUAGUCGAUGCUGCUAUGGUUUAUGCAAAACAAAUUGCCGCAAAUUCACCUGACGCUGUUUCAUUGACAAAGCAAGGUCUUCUAUUGGCGCUUGAACUCGGUUCAGUAACAGAUGCUACCGAAAAUUGGCUUGAAUCAUCUGAGGCCACUGCUUGGCGAUCAGGCUAUAAUUUAGCAGAAGGCGUACUUGCCUUCAAAGAAAAGAGACAAGCUGUUUGGAAGAGUCCUUCUAAACUAUAAUAAUAAAGUUUGAGUUGUGCAUCACAAAGGGAACUCCGGCAUACAUUUACUCGUACCAAUUUUAUUGGCUGUACUUUUUGGCACACACACGUCCCAAACAUUUUUUUUUAAAAAAAAC